UAAAGUGUCCAGUCUGCUACUUUUAUUUUAUUUUAUCUUUUCAUUUAUUUAUUUUUCUGCACUUUAUAUCUUCAAUCAGCAAGAAGUUUCACUAAAAAUAAAAAUCAUAGAGAAGACAAAAGCGCAGGGCCGGUCUCCAGUCACAUGUUUCUCUAACUUUUGCCUUUGCCUCGUUCCCUGGUCAACAAAUAAAAUAAAAGAUGAAGAGCCUUCUUUUUAACCUUUUGAAUUUUCCAGGAUGCUUUUCUAGUUCUUCACGCUACGAUCUUUGUUCUACCCUGAUAUUCUCCGGUUUUCAUCGAAUGCUGCAUGCCGAUUGUGGCCGAUGCUGCAUAAAUGGAAGGAGGAAUUUUUUUACAAUUUCUCCAAAUAUAUCACAUGUUUUCUGGAGAUUAAUGAUUCGAUCCUCAAUGGUGAACCCGAAAAUCUCACAUCAUCCUACUAUCUGCUAUAGGCCCAUACAACCAUCUGAUUUAGAGAUUUUAGAACAAAUCCACAGUGACGUAUUUCUUAUCAGCUGUUGAUUGCAAUCGACCCAAUGCGCAAAGUGACGAGCUUAUUGGAUUUGUUACUGCAGGAAUUGUACUGUCAUCUAUGGAUAAGCAUUAAUGCUUUAAUGAUAUUUGCUUGGUGGUUGAAAUAUGGCUUAAGCAGAGUUUUUAAAAUGUUUGAAGUUGUGAUUCUAAAAAUGAAAAUAUUCAUUGUUGAAUAUUGUCGUGGAAAAAUAAUAUUGACAGUCAACCCUUUGCUUCUGUUUUUGGGUCUCAAAUAUUUCUCCUUUUGUUUUAUGAAGUAUUUGAAUGCUUGUUUCUGGUGAUAAAUUGUUUCUGAGUCAUCUAAACAUUUCAACAAACACCUACC